AUGCAUUGGACUCUUGGAACAUGGCUGUGGAUAUCUCACAAAUCUAAAACUGUGGCAAGGACUUCUGCACGAUAUCAGCAGGACACUGGCCAGAUGAGUGACAAGCAGUAUCAUGUGCCUGAGCAACCAAAACCGCGCCCCGGGAUGUACGUUCGGAGUAUUCAAUCUUCAGGAAGCGAGACACAAUCAUCGAUUAAAGCAACGCGUGAAGGGUACAAGCUAAACGAACUACGAUGCCAACGCUGCAAUGGCCGUCGUUCACUCGCUUACCACCGUAAGAACCGUACAGAUCCAGUUAUUUAUCCACCCGUGGGGAUCUGCUCUCGUGAAUGGACCGGUUGUGCAACAGCGAAGCAAUCGGGUGGGCUGGACCAUUGGGCUCAUCCAAUCUAUGAACUCCCAGGGAGCUAG